AAUUGGACAGUCAGAUGACAGUUCAGAGGGAGAGUUGAAACAGUUUUGUACUACCUGAUUUUUUGUUUAAAAUCAAAGCAACAUUCUCUUUUCUAUAAAGGAGUAGACUGUUAGCUCUAGCUGUCCUAAUUCUGGUUUGUGGUGGUCUAAGGGAGAUAAUUCAAAUACAUAUCUGGGGUACUGAGUUAAGAUGUCAGAUGAGAGAAAUUUCCGUACAUACUACUACAAGAAGUUUGGAAUAGGUGGAGUGGAAGAGAAGAAAUCCAUUGAAAUACUCCUGAACGAGCAUCCAUUAAACAUUGACAAAUUACGACAAUUCUGUCUGAUGUUCCAAGUGCCAGCAAAGUACAGAAUAUAUUUAUGGAAAGUUAUUUUAGGUAUUUUACCAUGUGGUCAAGGAUCUCAUGAUUUUGUGAUGGACCAAAGAAAACAACAAUAUAACGAUUUACUUCAUGCCCUAAAAUUGAUGAGAAGGGUAGACAACUCUACUACAGCAGGAUUACUGGUUCUAAAAAUGUACAAAUUAGAAACUGGUAUGCUGACUUUUGAAGAACAAGAAUUAGUAGACCCAGAUGAUAUGGCUUUGUUUACUAUCUCAGAAGCUUUAAGUAAUAUUGAGGAAGACGAUAUUAAUGUUUACUGGAUUGCCAAAAAGUUUUAUGAAUAUUUUCUGAAAUGGAAAGAGCCGAUUUUGAGUCUGACAGAAAAAGCUGUGACCAGCCUGAAGAAAGAGGACCCUAAGAUUUGGCAGCACUUGAACCAACAUGACAUGUUUAGUAUACUACCACUCAGAGCCUGGUUUCUAUCCGGAUUUGCUGAUAUUUUACCAAAUACAUCCAUGGAAAGAAUAUGGGACAAAGUGGUUGGUGGAUCUUUUGCAGUUUUGGUACAUGUAGCUGUUGCAAUCUUCUUGACCUUCAAACGACCUUUGUUGAGUAUGAAUAACAGAGAAUCUAUGUUAAAGUAUUUAUCAAAAUUACCAGAAGAUAGUGGAGAUGUUGUGGUGGUCAAGGCAUUAGAUCUAUGGCAACAACAUGGAGGUCACCAGAUGGUAGCAAGGUCUGAUUCUCCAUUGUUUUCUGAUCGCUCACCAAGCUGAAGCUAACCUGUAACCAUAUUAACCAUCACCAAUGGUAACCAGUCAAGUCAUGGUUGAUAUAAGAUGUCUCUCCAAAAUGAAAUAUCAUUGAGAAUGGAAAUGGAACAUCUUUGCAAAAUGGAAUAACAAGGGAUAUUCAAUCAAAACCUACUUUGUCUUUAAUAUAUUAUGAUACUAUCUGUGUGAAUGAGGCAAUUUUAACAAUGAUUUUUUACUUAAAUACAAGAAUCAAGAAAUUUCA